CGAUCACACGACGUACGAGCGGCGCCCUGGGCUCCAGCUUGGCAGCGCAAGCCCCUCUCUGCCCGUCGCAAGCGCGUAGUCAACGUCUGCCUAGUCUUGGUCCUCUUGACGCUCAUCAUAGUCUCAAUGCGCGAGUGGGCCACCCACUCUAGCUCUGAACAACCCGACUCAGGCUCAGCCCCAGGCUCAGGAUCGGGUGACUACCCCUUACCUCCCUCCCCGGCCCCGAACGAUGGGAAUCCCAAGUCCCGAGCCUCCUGGUCUUCACCGGUGGAGCGACCAGACUACCUCGGUCAUGGCGGGCCUUGGUACUCUAGCGUGGCUAACUUCACACUCAAGUACACGCCCGACUGGGAGGCCGUUUGGCUGCACGCACUCGGCGUCUCGUAUCGAGGCCUUCUUCCGUAGUGUACGGGAGAGGGAGCAUGCAGUUUGGGUUGGGGAGAUGAAGCGAGGCGAGAAGGAUGAGGGAUUGGUCGUUUCGCGCAGCCUGGACAUACAGUUGGGGGCGGGCGGGUUGCGUGUUGGGGCAAUCCAAACGCAGCAGCACACGAACAUCGCCUUGCAUGCCGGCUCCGUCAAGCCCACAUCCACGUCCGCCUCCUCCCCGCACCUAUCAGGCAGCAUCAGGUGCGCCAACCUCGCUAUCCGUCUCGACUCGGGCUCCCUCCGUCUCGCCUCCAUCGAAGCGCGCAACCAGGCAGCCAUCAGGAGCCACGCAGGAUCUGUCCGGCUCGGCAACCUCGUCAGCCCCGAGGUGAAAGUGGUGAGCAACGCAGGGAGUGUAGAGGGGACGUUCGAAGUCGGGGAAAGACUGGACGUGCAGUCCGACGCGGGACAUGUGGCUCUGGACGUCAAGCUUCCCGCCAGGACUGACAAUCAUACAGUGCAGGCUCGAGCUCACAGUAAUGCCGGUUCGGUGAGGGUGACUUACGUUGAGCAGGGGAAGGGUGUCACGCUAGACUCGAGCGUGACCUCGGGAACGGGUAGAGUGGAGGUGAAGCAUCACCCGAGCUUUGAGGGGAGUUUCGACCUGCUGACCCGUGUGGGGAGGCUGGACGUUAGCCCGCCACGGGGUAGCGGUGCGGGUGGUGGGGAUGAGAGGGAGUGGGUUGUCAGGGAGGACAGGAAGGGGUGGACGGGGAGGCAUGUUGUUGGGCGAGUGGGGAGGGAGGGGAUGGAGGGGAGAACGAUAGUCAAGUCAGAGGCGGGGGCUAUGCAGGUCGUCUUCUAGUCGCGUGGUGUAAGGACGUGGUAUUGUGUGUGUGUUGUUUCGUAUCUGUGUACUCUCUCUC